AUGCCUGCGUACUAUCCGGCAUUCAUAGAUGUUAAGAACAGGUGCUGCGUCGUAAUCGGCGGCGGCAACAUCGGCGAGGAAAAGGUCGUCAAGCUGCUCGAUUGCGACGCAAGUGUGGUAGUUAUCAGCCCUGAGGUGAACGAGGGCGUUAGCAGCCUUGCGAACGACGAUAGGAUUGUCUGGCACAAGCGUGAAUACCAAGCCGGUGACCUCGAAGAUGCGUUCAUCGCUAUCGCAGCCACUGACGACAAUAAGGUGAACCGCGCAAUAGCCGCGGAGGCGAAGGAACGGAACGUGCUGCUGAAUGUCGUGGAUGUUACUCAUCUUUGCACAUUCAUCGCCCCUUCAGUGGCAAUUCGCGGCGAUGUCACCGUUGCCGCAUCGACCGGAGGGGCAAGCCCGGCCCUGGCGCGCAAGUUCCGCGAGCUGCUCGACGGGAGCCCCAUCGAAUCGAGCCAUCCUCUGAUGGACUAUGCCGAACUCACUCCACUUCUGGCUGAUGUGCGCUCCGAGAUUCGCAGCAAGGGCAUCACUCUGGCUACGGACCACUGGCAGGCAUGCAUCACCGACAACCUGCUGGAAACGGUGCUGGACGGCAGGUACGGAGAAGCCCGCUCUACGCUACUGGAUGAUCUGAUGAAGGGCGUCGGCUGCGAAUGUGAGUCCGGCGUUUGCAAGAUGUGGGAAGAAAAGAAAGCCCUUGCCUACUCCAAGGCAGGGGCAAGUUCCUGA